GAAGGAACGGUAGUCGUCGUUACCCUUUUAGUUUUCUUCUUCAAGCCAAGCUUCUUUUUAUCACUAAAUUUCUAAAACCAAAAAAGGCAAAAGCAAACCUCAGCUGCACGCUAGCUACACCCCAACAUGCAACCGGAAGACAACCAGGUUCCGUUACUAUCCGACCAGGACUCGGACGACGAUGUUGCGCAAGGCUCCGGUGAAAAAAUUCACGUCAUCAGAAUGAAUGAACCUGGCGCUGAAGGUUCACUGGGUGCCGUCCCACCUUUUUCCUGGAAAAGGCUAUGGCUUUUCACCGGCCCCGGUUUUUUAAUGUCAAUAGCGUUCUUGGAUCCUGGGAAUUUAGAAGGUGAUCUCCAAGCCGGAGCUAUAGCCGGUUACUCUUUGCUGUGGCUUUUGAUGUGGGCUACAGCUAUGGGGUUGUUGGUUCAGCUGUUGGCGGCAAGGCUUGGUGUGGUCACGGGGAAACACUUGGCCGAGCUUUGUAGCGAAGAGUACCCGACUUGGGCUGGGAUGGUUUUGUGGGUAAUGACAGAGUUGGCUUUGAUCGGAGCUGAUAUACAGGAAGUUAUUGGAAGUGCUAUUGCUAUUAAGAUUUUGAGUAAUGGUACUUUCCCUUUGUGGGCUGGUGUUCUUAUUACAGCCUGCGAUUGUUUUAUCUUCUUGUUUCUUGAGAACUAUGGAGUGAGGAAGCUGGAAGCAUUUUUUGCUGUUCUUAUUGCUACAAUGGCGAUUUCGUUUGCUUGGAUGUUUGGUGAAACUAAACCCAGUGGCACCGAACUUCUUCUUGGCAUUUUGGUUCCAAAACUCAGCUCCAAAACAAUCAAGCAGGCUGUUGGAGUUGUGGGCUGCAUUAUUAUGCCACACAAUGUGUUCUUGCACUCUGCACUCGUGCAAUCACGAGAAAUUGACCGCAACAAGAAAGCCAGGGUGCAAGAAGCUCUCAAUUAUUACUCGAUCGAGUCGGCUGCUGCUCUUAUAGUUUCGUUCAUAAUCAAUCUAUUUGUCACGACUGUCUUUGCUAAAGCAUUUUACAACACAGAAAUAGCAAGUAGUAUUGGUCUUGUUAAUGCAGGGCAGUAUCUUGAAGAAAAAUAUGGAGGUGGGUUAAUCCCCAUUUUGUAUAUUUGGGCUAUUGGGUUGUUAGCAGCAGGACAAAGUAGCACUAUUACUGGCACCUAUGCAGGGCAGUUCAUCAUGGUAGGUUUCUUGAAGCUGAGGUUGAAAAAAUGGCUAAGAGCACUGAUCACAAGGAGUUGUGCAAUCAUUCCUACUAUUAUAGUGGCUCUUAUUUUCGAUACGUCUGAACGGACCCUCGAUGUCUUGAACGAAUGGCUUAAUGUGCUUCAGUCAAUUCAGAUUCCUUUUGCUUUGAUCCCUCUUCUUUGCCUGGUAUCCAAGGAACAAAUCAUGGGUGCCUUCAAAAUUGGCAAUGUACUCAAGACAGUUGCAUGGCUCGUAACCGUGCUGGUGAUAGUGAUCAACGGGUAUCUUUUACUCGAUUUCUUCUCCUCUGUAGUCACUGGCCUAGUGUUCACAAGCAUGGUGUCUGCAUUUACAGGCGCAUAUCUUGCAUUUAUAAUUUACCUUGUUUCUCAAGGUCGACAUAUCAAGUCGAGAGACUGACCAUAGAAACAGCUGUUAAAGCAAGAUAUCGGAAGCUCGAAAUACCUACCAUAUGCCAACUUAUGUACCAUCGAACUUUAUGUUCAUCGAUGAACGCCUCGAGUAUAUUUAGCA